AUGUUACGAAGACUCGGUGGUUCGUCGAGUUCGCUCUGGAGGCCAAAAAAUCCUCAUUCGUUAGAGUAUUUGAAGUAUUUACAUGGAGUUUUGGUGAAAAACGAAAAAGUAGUGGAAAGUAACCGAAAAAUUCUUGUGGAAGCACUUCGAGCGAUCGCUGAGAUUUUGAUUUGGGGUGAUCAAAAUGACAGCAGUGUCUUCGAUCUUUUUCUCGAACGGCAGAUGCUUUCGUACUUUCUGCAAAUCAUGAAACAAGACGGUGGCUCACUGAAUGUACAGCUCUUACAAACUCUAAACAUUCUCUUCGAGAAUAUUCGUCAUGAAACUUCCUUAUACUUUCUUCUUAGCAAUAAUCACGUUAACUCAAUAAUCACGCACAAUUUUGAUUUCAACAACGAGGAGAUUAUGGCAUACUAUAUUUCUUUCUUGAAAACACUCUCGUUUAAACUCAAUCCUUCGACUAUCCACUUCUUCUUCAACGAGGCCACGGACGAGUUUCCACUUUUAACUGAAUCACUAAAAUUCUUCGACUCAACAGAAAGUAUGGUACGUAUUGCUGUACGGAACAUCGUAUUAAAUAUCGUCCGGGUUGACGAUGCUUCCAUGACGCGCUUUGUCAGAACUGCAAUAAAGGUAUAUCUGUUUGAGUUGGUUGAUAACCUCGUAGCACAGGCAAUUGAGCUGGACACUUUUAUACGAUCUGCCGAAAAUGUAAUUGCCAAUAGAGAAAGGUUACGGGACAAGGCCGAUGAUCUGGUCGAUCUUCUCCAUUACAUUGGCGAACUGUUGGAUGUUACCGUUGUAGCGGAUUCCUUAUCUGAUUUGCUAACAAACCGUUUCCUGAUUCCUAUUCUCCUCAACAGCCUUGCACCACGAUUCGAUAACCAUGCGAUUUUGCUCACUCCAGUAUCGAGUUUCUUUUUCUUCGCUCAGUUCUUGUUGGUUCGUUUAUUGUCUACCAUACAGACUUUUCUGUCGGCAUUUCUUUUCGAAGAUGUUCGACUUCUAACAUCACAAUGGGUUCGUGAUGGUGAUGUUUACAGCUUACAACUCAUCAAGCGACCAUCAAAAAUUGAUGAAAGGGUCUUUUUCGAAGCAUUGUUGUGCGCGUUUGAUUCGAGCAGGAACGAUGAUUAUUUGUCGUUUUAUGGUCUAAUGCUGAUCUACGCAAUGUUUCAGAACAAAGGUAAUGUUGGGGAGCUGCUUUCUGCUGCCAAUCUUCCCUAUCGUCAUCGUCUUCAAAGAACUAGACCAUCGAAUUCAUCGUAUCCCAGAAAUGAAUCCCUCAUCAAGGUUUCAUCAGUGGAAGCAUUAACUGAGGCAGCAACGUGUGAUAGACGGAUUAUUGACGCAUUAUUGUCAAUAAUUGAUGCUGCAGGAAAUGAAGAUAGCAGACUUCGUCCUGUAACACUCGAAUUGGCGUGUUUAGUGUUGAGACAGAUACUGAUGGUAGUAGACCAUGAUGAGGUAAUUCCUCACUCAUUAGCUUGCUUGGUCGAUCGCCUAGGACUUUACGUGAAUUCCGAGCAUUUGUUUCUAGAGUGGUUUGAGGACGAGUAUGCUGAAUUUGAGGUAAAUCACAUUAAGAUCGAAACUAUUGGGUAUGAAAUGCUAUUGCCUCCAUGUAACACUGUUAUGUCUGGGCUAUCACUGAAUAAAAGACUUCCAAGUGGAUUUGAGGAGAAGAUUCGUUCGGUGAUACAAUUUUACUUCCAUGUUCGCAAAUUAUCCAAGGACAUGUUAGGCGAAACGGAAACGGAAAUUCCAGUUCGCGUUGGCAACAAUUUAGCUGUAGAAGUUGGCGACUGCAUCAACCUUAAUAACUCGGAUCUACUGUCGUGUGUGGUCGUGAUCAAAAAUGAGCGCUUCUCGCGAUUCCUCGUCACGGAUCGCCUUCAGCUGAUAUUAGUGGAACCUGAUAAUCGGAAAGCAGGAUGGGCUAUCGUCCGAUUUGUUGGAUUGUUGCAAGACACACAAAUUUCCGGAGAUCCAUCAGACAGCAAAUCACUUCAUGUCGUUGUCGAAGGGCAACCAACUCGUCAGCAGAAACGCCAAGCUCUGCUGACUGCUCGUUUCGUGUUCGACGACCAUAUUCGAUGCAUGGCGGCGAAGCAAAGGCUCACCAAGGGACGUCAGACUGCACGUGAUCUAAAACUACAGGCUAUAUGUGACCUUUUGGGUGUUCAACGUAUCGGUUCAGCAUCGCCGCGUGCAAAUCCAUUCCGAAUCAUUAAGGGAUGUGCUCCAGGGAGUAUACGGAAACAGGUUGGCCGUUAUUUUUCAAGAAACUUCCAUUCGAUCGCCUCAAAUGUUGGUUGA